AUGGCAAUGGCAAUUAAGUUCGGAUGGAUUUUAUUACUUUUGGGAAUCUACUGCCGUAUAGCUGAUGGGGUGAGUGUAUUGAAAGACCGAGCCUCGGUAGACGAUAAGAAAUACUCCCCCACUUCAUACCUCGUUACGAACUUACCAGGUUUGCUUGAGAACAUACCAGAUGAUCAUAAGCCCUUAAUGUUUGCUGGUCAGUUGGAACUACAUCCAGAGAACCAAACCAACUACUUUUUUUGGUCUUUCAAACAAGAUGAAAAUGGGUACAUUCCUAAAUCCAAUAGAACCAUUUUCUGGUUGAAUGGUGGUCCAGGCUGUUCAUCUAUGGAUGGUGCACUUAUGGAAGUAGGUCCCUUAAGAGUGAAUAACCAAAAUAAGGUGAUAUAUAAUCCAGGCUCAUGGCAUGAAGUAGCCGACAUUGUUUUUGUGGAUCAACCAGUCAAUACGGGAUUCAGUUAUGGUUCUGUCUUCUCUCAUGAAUUGGAUGAAAUCACUUGGACCUUUUUAAAGUUCAUGGAAGAAUAUUUUAAAAUCUUUCCAGAAGAAAGAGAUAAUGAAAUAUACUUUGCUGGGGAGUCUUAUGCUGGACAGUAUAUUCCUUAUAUUGGAAACCGUAUUUUGGAACAUAACAAGGGCAAUUCGGACAAUAGGUACAAUUUGAAAGGGUUACUCAUAGGGAAUGGAUGGAUCUCUCCUAACGAGCAAAGUAUGUCAUACAUUCCAUUCUGUAAAAAUGCAGGUCUUAUUGAUGAGCAUUCUCCAGCUUGGGCUAAUUUGUUGAGGAAGCAAGAGAAAUGCCAAAAUAUUGUCAACAAGAUUGAUAGUGUAUUUGAUGAACAUAAGGUUAAUGAGUUUGAAACAAACAGUGACCUAUGUGAAUCCAUUCUAACCGACAUUUUAGCACAAGUAAGACCAGAGCAACAAUGUAUCAACAUGUACGAUUACAGAUUAACUGAUCUGUACCCUCAAUGUGGUAGCAAUUGGCCACCAGAUGUUCAUACUGUUACCCCUUUUCUUAAUUUACCUGAAGUGCAAUCCCAUUUGAACUUAGUUUACAAGCCCAGAUGGCGUGAAUGCUCAGGAAGUGUUACGAAUCGGUUCAGGGCAAGAAAUUCCUUACCUUCAAUCCAUCUAUUCAAAGAUAUAUUAGCAGAAAUUCCCAUUAUCUUGUUCCAUGGUGACAAAGACAUUAUCUGCAAUACCAUGGGUGCUCAAAAUAUGAUAAAGAAGUUAGAAUGGAAUGGUGCCAAAGGGUUUUCGGAGAGUACUCCUGAAAUGGAUUGGGAUUUCAAUGGAACAAUUUCGGGGUUUGUUAAACUGGAACGGAAUUUGACAUACAUCAACAUGUAUAAUUCCUCACACAUGGUUCCAUUUGAUCAUCCUGAAUUAUCGAGAUCCUUAAUAGAUUUGAUGAUAGGGAACUAUAAUGUGACUCAAGAUAACGAUAAAACUACUUUGAAUACGUUCACAUUGAAAAGACAAUGGGAAGAGCUACAAAAGCAAAAGGCUCCUAUUGAAGAUGAUAAUACUACCUCAGAUUCAGAUUCAAAUUCAAAUUCAAACUUAAACGAUCAAAAGCCUGAUCCAACAGAUAAUGAUGGUGACAGCACCCCAUCUAAUACUGGAGACAAUUCUUCAGAGACAGAAAACACAGCCACGGGCAAUAGAAGAUUUACCCGAAUUAUUCAAUUGUUGGUUAUUGUUGUUGUGAUUUGGAGCAUAUACGUGUUAUAUGCCUCUUAUAAGUCCAGACCUCAAUCGAUCAUUAAAACUAAUGGGAAACAAUCAAAUAGAAAGAAAAUUGUCCAGUGGGCAGAUCAAAUCGAGACUACAGAUCCACUACACCCAACCCAAGAACCAUCAUUUAUAAAGAGGACAUUCAAUAAAAUUUUUGGCGUUACCAGAGGUCAUUAUACUUCCGUUGGACCACUGGAAGAUAUUGAAUUGGGUGAGAACAUUUUGCAUAAUGUGGCCGAUGAUUUCAUAAUCACCAGUGACGAUGAAUAUGAAGAAGGAACCUCCAGUUCAAGUUCAAACUCAAACUCCCCUACUCACGAGGCAUCCCCAGAUAGACAACUACCAGAACACCCCAGAGACACCUUAUAA